GGUGUGACUGUUUUUAUACAUUUUUAUUUAUUUAUAUUUUAUUUGCAAAGUGCAUAAAACUGUAAAGAUGAAGGAAUAGCAGGAAUGGAGAUGGAUCCUAUAACCGAGUCACCCAAGCUCCCCAAUAUGGUUAUGUGCGGGGACCACCCCUCGUUCACCAAGACGGAGCUGAACGCCAAGGAGACUGAUGAGAAGGAGCAACCCAUCCCGCUCUCGUUCGCCAAGCUCUCUUCUACGUCCGCUCGCUCCCUGCGGACCUCGCCUCGCCGGGGGCGCAAGUCCGGGCACGCUCUGGACGUAACGCGCCGCGUUUCUCGCGAUAGACUGCUCGACCCGCAGGGCCACAGCGGCGCUCUCGUGACAGCGGCCCUGGGAACCUUUCGCUGGCCGCCGUACCUGCUGACGGUGUGGGUGAUAGUGCUGGUGCUAACACACGCGCUGCAUUGCCUCGUCAGCUGCCUCGGGCGUGUGUUGCCUCGCCUCAGAAACCUAUGCGAGCACCUCCGCUCAUGCACGGAGCACCAGUGGCACUCGAGCGCCACCAACCGCCUGUGCCCGGCCGCGCUCGCUGCGCUCACCGCGGCGCUCUACGCUUUAUACUGCAGCCUCUACGUGUUGCACGCGGUCGCCGUGUGGUCCGUGGAGCCGCUGACGGACGAGAAGGACGGUUCGGUGGAGACCAAGGUCACGGAUUACGAUGAGAGCGAUGUUUAGCUUGAAAUAGCUCUUAUUGAGACGAAAUAAAGGCUAUAAAAG